ACGAUAAGGACGGGACCGGAGACAAGAGGCAGUCCGACGCUCAGUCGGCGUCGGGCCAUCGGUGAUAAGCACUCGGAGAAAGGGGUAGGGCCUUAGGGUAGAGGUGUUGCUUUAAGAAUGUUGUUUUAGUCUGUAAAACAGCUGUGUGAAUUUAAGUAAAAAGACAAGAAACUACGCCGUUCCUAAAGAGCCCUUUAGGGGUAUUGAAUAUUGAUUCAGAGCUUGUAUGUCUCUCUCAAGUUUGAAAUGUGAUACUUUUCCUGGGCUCUGAUCACUCUCUUCCUGGGCGAAAGUCAAAGAACAUUAUCAAUCCGUAGCCGCCGCAACAAUAGACAUUUAUGGCCAUUUCUCCAUGGAGCCAGCGUGCGUCAAUUCAAACAUAUCAUCUUCAGAAAAUCAGCAACGAGAAACAUGGAUCGUUCACACCGUUUGGACGCUGAAACACCGCCCGAAGCAGCAGAAUCUAGGGUUCCCGAUGAAGAAGGAGGAGGAGGAGCGCAGCAAGGCAUAGCAGCAGCAGACAAUAACAGGCUCUACAGUGAAGCGGAAGGAACAAACUCAAGUUCUGAGAAAGCUAGAGGAACAUGGAAGCAUGCCGCUUUCCAUGUUGCCACCACCAUCGCCACUCCAGCCGCUUAUGCUCCUCUUCCCUUCGCUGUCGCAUCUCUUGGUUGGAUCUUUGGAGUUGCUAGUUUAGUGGGUGCUACACUUACUACAUGGUACUCUAGUAUUUUGAUUGCGUCUCUAUGGCAAUGGAAUGGGAAGAAGCAGACCACAUACCGAGAUCUUGCUGGCAGCAUAUAUGGAUCUGGGGGUUACUGGUCUAUUGCAUUUUUUCAGCAGGUAGCUUCCUUAGGCAAUAACAUUGCCAUUCAGAUUGCUGCUGGAACUAGCCUUAAGGCAGUAUACAAAUACUAUCAGAAGGAUGGUACCCUGACCUUGCAGCAUUUCAUCAUUAUUUUUGGAGCUUUUGAACUUUUUCUCUCUCAGCUCCCAGACAUCCACUCAUUGAGAUGGGUAAAUGCAUUAUGCACCUUCAGUACAGUUGGUUUUGCUGGUACAACCAUUGGUGUCACUAUAUAUGAUGGCAAAAAGAUUGACAGAAAAUCAGUUAGCCACAGUUUGCAAGGAAGCUCCUUGACGAAGACGUUUAAUGCCUUCAAUGCCCUUGGGGCAAUUGCCUUUUCAUUUGGAGAUGCCAUGCUUCCAGAGAUACAGAGCACCAUGAGGGAACCGGCAAAGAAGAACAUGUACAAAGGAGUAUCAACAGCUUACAGUAUCAUUGUCCUGACUUACUGGCAAUUAGCCUUUCUUGGCUACUGGGCAUUUGGUUCGCAAGUCAAGCCCUACAUUGUGGCAUCUCUCACUAAUCCCAAGUGGACUAGUGUCAUGGCCAAUCUUUUCGCAGUGAUUCAAAUAUCAGGAUGCUUUCAGAUAUAUUGCAGGCCAACAUAUGCAUAUUUUGAGGAAAGAAUGCUGUCCAGCAAGCAAACUUCUAGCGCCCCUGUCAGGAAACAUCUGAUCCGGCUCAUCUUCACCUCAGUCUAUAUGUUGCUCAUAUCCUUGGUAGCUGCAGCCAUGCCUUUCUUCGGGGAUUUUGUUGCCAUCUGUGGAGCCAUCGGGUUCACUCCUCUGGACUUCGUCUUCCCUGUUUUAGCAUACAUGAAAGCUGGUAGAAGUAGAACCCCCAGAAACGUGACGCUUCAGCGACUGCUCUUGUUGCUCAACCUGACCAUUGUUGCCUGGUUCUCUGUGGUUGCAGUGUUGGGUUGUAUUGGGGCUGUGAGGCUUAUUGUUGAGGAUGUUAGAACUUACAAGUUCUUUCACAACAUGUAAGUUGUAACCCUCCCAGGAGAUUGUGUUUCUCAUUCCCCGUAAAUUAUUGGGUAAAAGGUUACAAAAACUAUUUUUUACCCUUAGGAAGAGAAAGAACUAUUUUUUACCCUUAAACAGCAAUAUAUAUUUCUUAAUUUUAUUAAAUGAGUUGCUAAUAUGAAUUUUAUUUCUAUUUGGAAAUAUAUUUUAUGUAACUCAGAGAUAUUAGAUUUGCAUAUUAUGGUCAAGUUUGAGGGUGUGGAUAUGAGAAAGUAGGGAAGGUGGUAAGAUAAAAUGUAAUUUAACUACUCGUAUUGACUUUAGUACGACACUGAACGAGUUUUAACUUUUUGUGUUUAAUUUUUAAUUUUAUUAUUUUAAAUAUUGACAACUAAAACUGAAAAUUACAUUUAGUUGCUCAUAAGAAGGUAAAAGAGUUAAAUUCUUUGCAAAAUAAAAAUUUAUUUGAGUUAAUUUGUUAAAAUAAACAAAUGAGUUUAAAUCUAUUUUAAAAU